AUGGAACCUUCGGCAGCGUAUCCGGCCAACCGGAACUUACCGGGUGGCCGAGCCCUUCUGGAGGAGGCGGAUAUUCCAGAUGAAACCCGAUUUUCAUGUCUCGAUGUCGCUACCUUACUAUCGCCUUGCUGGAGCUUCCUAAAGGCCGGAGGUUCGCCGACGUCGGAAUGUUGUAUAGGUGCUGAAAACAUUGCCGACUUAACAAAUUCCAAGCAAGAUGAACGUAAACUAUGCGACUGCCUUAAAGGAGAAUUGCCAAAGAUUGGGCCAUAUGACCCUAAUAGACUGCCCCUACUAGAACAGAAAUGCGAUAUUGAGUUUUAUAUUCCUCCCAUUACCGCCACUACAGAUUGUUCCAAGUAA